CGUCACGUAGAGAUUUCGCACGCGCCGUGCGGAAAUCGCGUGUCGCUCAUCGCACGUCGAUGCCGCGGCUGCGGUCGCGCGAUCAGCUGAUUCCUCGCGUGAGCGCGCCGCACAAGCAGGUCGCCGCCUCGAAGAGGCACGAUCGGGGCUGUCGAGCCGCGCGUCGGCAUCCAGAGAACAGAAUUCCUACGCGCGCGGACGAGCGUGGACGUGGAGCAGGUAGCGACGGCGCCGAAUUCGAGAAGACGCUGAGGGAAGGUGCCGACGCAGGGACGAAAGGACGACCAGACCGCGUCAGGAUUUAUCGAGAUCGAGGCGCCCGGUAGAGGCCGACCGGUCAUCUCCUGAAUCUUCGGCCGCCUCCGCUGGAAAACGUGAAACGGAAAAGGACGACCCGACCACGUUCGCCUUUUGAAGCGUCACGGUGCAAAGCCCCCGCGCGUGUUUAUCCACCGCGUUUAUCAUUCGAUCGCUGGACGAGCAGCAGGAACUCGGCAGGACGAUCGUAUCGACGACGACGACGACGAAGAUCCUAUCCUAUUCCGAUUUCAUCGGCCGUGGUGCGUCGCGUAAUGAGCCGUGGAGGAGCGGGACACGUCGAGCGGUGAACGUGACCGCCACGAGAACCAGCGUCGUGGACCAGGGAUCGAGGCGACCACCCUCAUUAAUAGCGCGAGGAUGUCACGCUGCUGAGGGGACGCCGAUGAGGGAACGCUGAAGAGCCCGUCGCCUCCCUUCGAUUUAUUCGCCGAUCGUCCGCCGAGAGAAUCGACGAUCUACGACGAUCCAACGUGACCUCGAUGGACGUUACGUCGUCUGGCAGGCGGCCUCGCGAGAUGGUAGCCGCCAAGUACAGCGGAUAAAGGCGCCCGGUAUAGGAUCGUCGUUGGUGCAGCGGGGAGGGGAAAGGAGGUAGCCGACGCGAGGGAGGCCUCCCGGGGAAGCGAGCGGACGGGCGAGUGAGGGAUCGAGCGUCUUAAAAAGAGCGAACGAGCGCGGGGGCGUAGCUGGGGCCCACGCGGACAAGAGGGAGAGAGAGAGAAGAAUCAAGCGAGAGGAGAGAGACAAAGAAAGACCGCCAAGAUGACCAUGGCGAGCAACAUCGUGGUCGAGUGGCUGCGGUCGCUCCAUCUCGGCCAAUACUCGGAGUCGUUCAUCGACAACGGCUACGACGACCUCGAGAUCUGCAAGCAGAUCGGCGAUCCGGAUCUCGACGCGAUCGGUGUCUUCAAUCAGAAGCACCGCGCUCGCCUGCUGCAGUCCGUGAAAACGCUGCGCGAGGAGGGCGCUGCGAGUGUGUACUUUACAUUGGAGGAGACCAACGACAACGGCUGCGACAACGUCAGCUCCAAGUCCUCGAGAACGUCAUCCGAUCGGCCGCCCAGCGACAAAGAGGCGCAACGCGCGUCGCCCACGGCAAGUUCGUCCAGCGGUGGCCAAGAGUUGACCAAGUUCGCGGAUGAGUAUGAAGAGGGCAAGGCGGAGCUGGUGAGGAUCCCAAGGAUGCAGCUGAGGAUGCUGCUGCAAGAGAAGCUGAGGCACGACGGCAUCAGGCUGGCCUGUCAACCCUACACCACUCCGGAGGGCGAGAGGGGCUACCUGGAGGGACUGGCGUCGAGGUACGCGGAUCUCUUCAGGACGCAUUACGGCGACGUCCUGGAGCCACUUGAGGAGCUGCGUCGUCGAGAAACGAACGCCACCGCUCGGAUGCCCAACACUCAGCUCACCACCAGUCAUUCACAGCCCAUUUACGUGCCCGGGAAAUACUCGCCCUCGAGCUGCCUCAGCGACAAGGAGGAGGACGAAAUCUACGGCUUCGGAUACGGGGUCUUCAGCAGGCAGAUGCUCCAGCAUCGACAGCAAAAGCUCGCGCUCGCCACACAAAACACGACCGCCGUGACACCAGCCGGACCUCAAGCAGCCUAUCAAAGCUGUCUGAGCCCGAGAUCUGCGUUCUUCUACGAGUUCCCGCCUAACGAGCAAGGACAAAAUACGAGCAAGAAGAAGACGACGUUCUCGCGGUUGCUACGAGGAUUAAAGACCCACAGGAAGGAGAAGCAGGGGCAACAGGCUCAAGGCUCUCCCAGGCAUGGUCGCGCAAGGAUGGGCGUACCUCAAAGGGUAGACACACCCGACAGCGUUCUGCAAAGCGGUUUGGGCCUCGGGCCAGAUAUGGGGCACACGAUCCUUCGUUCCAUGGUAGAUCCGCGGGAUUACGAUCGGCUGAGAUAUUUGCAGAUGAACGGCGGCCAACCGAACAGCUUCGAGGAGACCAUACAUAGGCUGAAAGUUCAAGAGGCGCUGCGGAAGAAAGAGCGAUUCCAUAAAGAGCACGAGGAGAUACUGAGGGAUAUCCGGCAGGGUUUAAUGCAGCUAGGACGAGACGGACGGGGUCAGCUCCCCGGGGAUGACACAUACAUGUACGACGAAGAUGCGCGAUGCGGAGGGGCUGGUGGUUUAGGACCCGGCCCGGGCGGUCAACACUGGUACGACGAACCACCCUACGAAUCGGAUCCCGAGGACUUCCUCAUGGGAGCCAGCGGUGGCCCAGUACCUACCGCAACUAUCCAAAACGGAAGAGUUUGCUUUACGCUGAACCUGAGGCCGGAGAACCGAGGCGAGGGUGUCAUCUCUCUUCGGACAGCCGGCGACAUUAGCCUGCCACGCGAUCGCUCGCGGAAAGGUGCUACGUCGACGAUGCGGGGUCUCAUCGUUCCGCAGGGCCACAAUAAUCCGCCGACGAUCAUACCUUUGACACACUCGAGGGCUUCACGUGAAAGCGGGGAUUACGCGAGCAGCGACGUACAGAGUGUGAGCUCGAGACUGUCGACUGUGUCGGUGGACACGAGUAGAAGCGACCAGCCCCCGGCGGGGGUCGGUCGGCAUCCCGACCGGCCGGAGCAUCACCACGAGCACCAUCACAACCAUCGCCAUCGUCACGAACAUCACCACUCGGUCUCACCCCGACCCAAUCAACGGCACCACCCCGCCGCCGCUAGCACGCCCGUAAACGUCAACGUCGUCGCUGCCGACGUCGACGCAGCGUCACCGCAAAGCAAUGCGCAGCGUCGCCCGGUCCCCAGAUACAGCCGGAGUAGCGGCGAGGAGGGCCUGUCGCCGAGCCAGAGCAGCGACUACGAGGAUCAAGAAGAACUCGAGAGCCAACACUCGGCCGCUGUACACACAUCGGAGGCCAGCGCCCUGCUGGAGGGCGACGCCAGGGCGGGUAUCGCAGGCCGAGCGAGGAAUUUGAGGCACGACGUGCAGCGCAAGAUCUCGAGGCUUCGCCAGGAUCGCGCGUCCUCGGAGGCCUUCCCUUGCAGCGCGAGCAGCGUCGAGAGUCUACCCAGCGGAAGCGGCUCGAGUACGCAGGCACUGGUACGCGCAGGAAGCAAUCACAGCUCGAUAUCCUGCGAAGACAGGGACGCCAUCAGCCCGACGUCCAUCGGCCCGGUCCUGUGCAGAGCGCGGGCACUGGUGGACUACACUCCCAGCCCCUACGACAAGGACGCGCUCAAGUUCAAGAAGGGGGACGUAAUCGAUGUGGUGCAGAUGAACAAGAGCGGGCUGUGGAAGGGCGUCGUGCACAACAGGAUAGGCCACUUCAAGUUCAUAAACGUCGAGAUACUGAACGACAGGGUGCCCAGGCGGGGGGAACCGGAGCGGGGCAAGUGGGGUCAGAGAUACAGGCAGAAGCCGGGCUCCGUUCAAGAGCUCUUGCAGAGAAUGAAUCUCCAGGAGCAUAUUCCAGUUUUUGUGCUGAACGGAUACGAGGAUCUGGAGCUCUUCAGGGAGUUAGAGGCGACGGAUCUGGACUAUUUGCGUAUACAUCAGCCCGAGCAUCGUGCCAAGAUACUCACAGCCGUGCAGCUUCUACACGAUCUUCAAUCGGGCAGCGAGGGUGACCUGGCCUCGAGUUCAGAGGGCGAUGAGGUGAGCCGACUGGUCUUGACCUCCGGCCAGACGUCCGGCCACUGCUCUCCCUUCAACCGGCGGCAAUUCCCGCGGGACAGUGGCUGCUACGAUGCGCACAAGAACACGACCGGUCGGCGAACCAUCAGUCCCGAAUCGAGCUCGACGUCGACGAAGCUGUCACGCGAGAACAACCUGGAUGGCGCGAUGGCGUCGUCUGCGAAGAACGCAGCAUCCGGAACCGCAGCCACCGAGGGUGGCCUCGCCGAUCCGAAGGACGAUUUCCACCCCAACAUACCGAUCACGAGCGUGACGACAAGUCAGAAGGAGGGUCAGUUCGAGAAGUCGCCAUUGUUGCGCGGCGGCAACGUGCGCUACAUCGCAAAGCGUGGUAACUUCGGCGAGACGGUGGUGAUCGAGGACGCUUGCGAGGCCGGCCAGAAGCUGGGCGGCAUGGUAAAAUACGUGGUGGGCGGCACAGCCGGUGACCUCAGCCUAGAGGGCGCCGGCAAUGUCACCGGGUUGAGCCAGCGUGGUUGCCUGAGUGAGAAAUCGAGCGAUUCCGGGGUAAGCUCGUCCAGCAUCAGCUCGGCGCCACCGCCCCGCGACAAGGUGCUCGCUUCUGCCAGCGCCGCGUCCGACUCGCCAACCAAGAGCUUUGGUACCUUCACUAGAUCUUCACCGACCUCGCAGCAAGGCAGCAAGGGUCAGGCUACCAAUACCAACGACGGCGGCUAUCAAUGAGGAAAGCAGUGGGUCAGCACGAGUUUGAGCUCGAGAGUAAGGAAAUUGGAGAUCGGGGAGUCGCGCGAUUAACCGGGUUAAGGGUGCAAAUCCUCAAUGCGGAUUCGGCAUGUUAUGCAAUUGCGAUCGACCGAUUCGUUCGUGAGAAAUUCAACAACGUUCAUUGGGAUCGAAAGAUCAUCUCGGGUACUUUGCCCCUGUAGCUUCCGGAUCCGAUCCUGGUGGACGUCUGAGGUGUCUUCUCCGGACAGUCGUUCUACCGUUUGACGGCCGACUUUGAUCACAAGAUUAGGAUAAAGAUAUAGGCAAAUAGUCGAGACAGUCACCGCUGUGUCCGCCCAUCAUGGAGUGUCGGGAGACGCUCAAACGCGUCUCGAUUUCCAUACGCAAAGCAAUAUUUCAAUUUUCUGUUGUUGUUGCUGAUCGCAAAGUACUAGGAGAACCUCGUUCUUUGCUUGACGAUUCUCGUCACGGGCUUGCCGCGCGGACGGAAAUUCUGACAUCUCCCGAUAUUAAUGUCGGGGGAACAUUUUGUUAUCCAGCGUCUCUCGGAUAUUCGGACGCGGAGCCGAGACGCGGCUUGAAGAACCGUAGCAAGAAUCGUGCGAAACGAGCGAAAUUCCGGCAGUUGUAACAAAAGCUCCCGCGGGAGAGAACGGUCGAAGUCUCCCCGCGUUCGGCUCGGGAUGAAAUGCAUUCGGCGAGAGGAGCAGAGCUGCGCGGUCACCAAGUUCACUGCCGGGUCGUCCCAUCGACAUCGUGUAACACCGACGUCGCUCUCGGCGUCGCUCUCGGCGUCGCGAUACGAGCUCACGUCGCGCCUAAUCGUAGCCGUGUAAUUAGUAAUAAGCGAAUACUAUGUGAUACGGUAGCAAUAUUCGAUCGAUUACUCGAGUAGGUAGAAGGAAGGAAAAAGAACGACGGUCAGCGACGCUAUGGCGCCGCAUACUGUCGCGUACAAUAAACGAGAGCGAGAGAUAGAAGAGAGAAAAAAGAGAGAGAAAGAGAGGAGAACGAAUGCAGAUGCGUCCGUUAGUUUUGAUUUCGCGCUCGAUGUUAUCAGUCGCUUUUCAUCUUCGCCGGUAACGACUCCCCGCGAUUAAUCACCCCGCGAAUACUGUAUACAUCUCGUCGAAAACUGCCAGCGUUAUCGAGUCCUUGUCCCCGCGUUCGAUGGCGAUCUUUAUCGCGCGCUUUUUCAGUCCUUUUUGUACGUUCGCGAUCGAUCUCGUCACUGGUGGUAGAACACGCGCGAAUCGUCGGGACAGUCGCGAAUCUUCAUGGGAUCUUCAAGAUCGCGACGCACAGUGGUGCCAAAAUGCAUACUGCC